GCCAGAUCUCUUCCACUUCGUUCCGCCUCCCGAGAGUACAGGAACCUAGUAGGCUGGGGAUGCCGGGGGUCUGACCUCCCCUUCCUCCUAGUUGAAGGCAGCGGGGUCUCACUCCUGCCCAGCCACGUGGAAGCCACCCCUUCCUCUAGAGCUUGGCCGGCGUCCAGAGGAGUCCCUCUGUGCGCUGGUGCUCGAUUCCCCGAGACAUUCUGUCCGGGAUGUCGGAGUCAGACUCCGAACUGGAGUCGGAGUCCGUGUUCCCUCAGGAGGACGGGCUCUUCGCUGAUUCUUACACAGAAGAGACUCAGUUCCACUUCUGCGGUCAUGUACUGAGCAUCAAACAGAGCUUCGGGGCUCGGCUUGGGGUGGCUGCGCCUGUGUGGGAAGCGGCGCUGAGCCUAUGCAGUUACUUCGAGAGGAAAAAUCUCGACUUCCGAGGCAAGAAGGUGAUUGAGCUGGGCGCUGGGACCGGCAUCGUGGGCAUUCUGGCAGCUCUGCAAGGGGGAGAUGUCACCAUCACUGACCUACCUCUGGCCCUGGAGCAGAUUCAGGGAAAUGUUCAAGCUAACAUACCAGUUGGUGGCCGGGCACAGGUCCGAGCUUUGGCCUGGGGGCUAGACCAGGGUGUGUUUCCUGAAGACUAUGACUUGGUGUUAGGGGCUGAUAUUGUGUAUCUGGAACCCACCUUUCCACUGCUCCUGGGCACCCUUAGACAUCUCUGUGGACCAAAUGGCACUAUCUAUCUGGCCUCCAAGAUGAGGGAAGAGCACGGGACACAGAGUUUCUUUCACGACAUAUUACCACAGCAUUUUCAGCUGGAGCUGGCGCAGCGGGAUGAGGAAGAGAACAUUAACAUAUAUAGGGCUACACACAGGGGAGGCUGAGAGGCUCCCCUGUGCCUCCACAUCCAGUUCGUCCUGACCUCUGCCCACAAACAUUCCUCUGAUCAGUCCUCUUCCUCUUGGUAUUAAGAGGAAGUGAAGAAUAUUAGCAUAUAGAGAACCAUGUGUAACGACCUAAGGCGGCUGAUUCCUGGGUCCUGGGAGAGGUGUUCUAUGCUUUCAUUUCCUCGCUUUCUUUGAUUCUGUUUUCUCCAUCCUACUAACUUUUCCAUUUCUUCUAGACUAAUACUGGGCAUCACUUUAUUGGAAGCCUCAGACACUCUCCCUCACAAAAGCCCUGAUGGCUUGUCGAUCAGAAGGCCCUCCGUCCCUGUUCUUGGAGGUAGAGGCUGAGUGGGGAAACUGACCUGAAGGAAUUUUGAUGGAAUAUGGUGGAUUCUCAGCAGAGUAAUUGCCUCUGACUGCCUCUCCCACAGCAAGUAGGGACUUUCUUGCUUUUCUGUUUGUAUCCCCAGCACUCAGCACAGUGCUAACACAUAAUAACCAAUUAAUAAAUGCUCAUUCAUUCAUGUGCUUGCCCUGGUGGUAGGCAUGUUCUCAA